GCUGAAUAUUCUACAUUGUCAGCUUCUGCUAAAUGGGAGCAUCUCAAAAAUCGUAAAAUUGUUCAACAGAUCCUCAGCAUCGAUGUGCUUCUUCUUGCUUUUUCUUUCAGGUUGACAAUAAAUGCCCUUGCCCAGAAGCUCAAUGCUUAUUGGAAGGAAAAGACAUCCCAAGAGAAUUUUGAGACCUCCGCCAUCACCACCAGGCCAAUACCUGAACAUUGUUGGACCUGUACCAAGCAAUUUGAGGGUAGAAGUAGAGAACCCAGCAUACCAGGAAAAAGGAAGAUUCCUGACCAGACAUGGGUACAGUGUGAUGAGUGUCUUAAAUGGAGGAAGCUUCCUGGAAAGGUUGAUCCGUCUACAUUACCUGCAAGAUGGUUUUGUUACUAUAAUUCCCAUCCGAAGUACAGGAGAUGCUCUGUUCCAGAGGAACAAGAACUCAUUGAUGAAGACCUGUACUUGAGCAAAGCUAAGAAACAAGAUCAAGCUGUCGAGAAGAAGCUGCCACCAGUGGACAAUGAGAACCACCAGGUAUUUGCUAAUCCACUGAAGAUCCCUGCUAUUCAAGAUACAGAUGAAUUGAACAGUAAGACAAUUGGAUACGAGGGAAUGGACAGUCCUAGCCGGCCUCCCUCUGUUGGAGAAGAAAGCAGGACACCUUCUCUUCAGCUUAAGCCUCUGGAUUCCAGUGUUUUUCAGUUUUCCAGGUGGGUAGAAAACAUAGUCUGUCUUCAGUAGUAAGCCUCGGGGUCCGUUUUCCUGUAAAGUCGGGGUGGUUAUCGGGUUAUGUUUCUCCUAAGGCCUAGCAUGGACUUCAGAUGGAGAAACAUGAUUUGGGGGUAAUAGAAUUGUGUGUUGCAUGUACUU